ACAACAAAUACCAGCUGAAAUGACAGCAACCACAACAACAAUGACAGCGUCAACGCCAACGACGCCAAUAGCAAGAGCAUCAGCGUUGGCUGGCAAUAGCGGCGAUUGGCAAUUCUAUGUAUUGUCAGUUGAUCGCUUUGCUUGGACGGCAUUUGUAGCGAAAUUCGAAAUGUGUACCUGGUGCUAACGCUCGCCAAACGUGUUGCGAAUUGUUGAAAAAAAAAAAAUAUUACAAAAAUAAAGUUAAAAGUGUUAAAAAUAUUGCCGAAAUUGAGAAGAAAAGAAAAAACUCCGAGAACUCGCUUACGCAUUAGACUUGCGCCGCAUCGCCAAACAGCUGUCAAAUAUGGCAACCACGCCGUCCACUGUCAUUGUGACGAUUGACAGUAAUGAUGGCGCUCUGGAGGAUGUGAUGCCGGUGCUGCCUUCGAAUGUUGGACAUUUACUAGAAGAGCCCGUAGAGAUACAGUGUCCGGCUUGCGGCGCGAAAUGCCUCACCAGUGUAGAGCGGCAGGCAGUGACUUUUCUGCAGAAAUGUGUUGCUGUGAUUAAUUUUUGCCUUUGUUGCAAUCCCAUCCGCUGGAGUGGUCGCCAUGACGUCAACCAUUAUUGCAGCGAGUGUGGCUGUUACAUUGGCCGUUACAUAACGUUGAGUUGGUACAAGCGACAGUUGUUCAAAAUGCAGCACUCGGAUAUGGUGUUCGAAAACAAGUGGCAACGCUUUUGCAAAGUCGAGAAGGAGGCGCUCGAUAGUACAAUACGAGCGAAUCAGCAAGCCAAAGAGCUGGUAAAAUUGAAGACGACGAAGACGAGCGAUGAGAGUGAUUGAAGGCGAUACUCUUAAACAUAAAAUACUAGAUAUGGAUAUAUUUUAUUUUAAUUUAUUAUUUUUGUAAAUUUAUUGUAUUUAUAUAAAUACUUAUACUCUGAAAA